AUUCCCAGAUAGUGAACUCGUCCUAACACUGCCAUGUUGGAUGGAGCUGGCUCUGGGCUCUCUGGCGGCUGGACUUCCCAGGAAACUUUUUACCGUUUUCCGUCUUCGCUCAGUCGCUGCAAUUUUGACCUUAUUUUAAAGAGCAGCGGGACUUUGCACUGCAUCCCUAAACGGCAUACAUUUUCUGGACACCGUCUGUCUUGCGCACCCCCGGGAUAAACCCAACCGGUGUGAGGGGGGUCGAAGGAAGGCCACGGAUGACCGAGGGAUUGUUUAUGUAUCUUUUUGGAUCUCAUAUAACGAGUUACAGUCGGUGCAUACUUUAUAAAUUGAUCCCUAAUAAUGAGUGGACACCCGCCGCAACGGCGGCAAACAAAUGUCGGUUCAAUACUACUGACACCGCAGGAAAAUGAAUGCCUUUUCAACCACCUUGGCAGGAAAUGCAUCUCUUUGUCUUCAGCAGUGGUCCAGGUGUUCACAGCAGAUAGGAACUCCAGCUGGAACAAGAGAUGCUGCGGGGUGGCCUGUCUGGUCAAAGACAAUCCUCAACGAUCCUACUUCAUCAGGGUCUUUGACAUCAAGGACGGUAAGAUGAUGUUUGAGCAGGAGCUGUACAACAACUUCAGCAUCUACCUCCCCAAACCUUACUUCAUGACAUUUGCUGGAGAUACCAUGAGGUAUGUGGGACUGUUGUUUGCCAGUGAGGAGGAGACCAAACGUUUCCGCACCCAAGUGACAGAGCUAGUUGGGAGAAGACAAAGGAAAACUGAGAAGAGACGCGACCCUCCAAAUGGCCCAUCAUUGCCCAUGGCUACAGUCGACAUCAAAAACCCAGAGAUCAGCAAUGUUCAUCGUUACCAUAACAACUCUCAGAUGAACAACAUCGUGCACUCGUCUUUCCCCAAGAGAGAGAAAAAGGGCAAGGCGAAGAAGAAGAGGUUGACCAAGGCGGACAUCGGCACACCAAGCAACUUCCAGCACAUUGGCCACGUAGGAUGGGAUCCAAACACAGGAUUUGAUUUGAAUAACUUGGACCCAGAGCUGAAGAAUCUGUUUGAUAUGUGCGGCAUCUCCGAGGCCCAGCUUAAGGACAAGGAAACCUCAAAGGUCAUCUACGACUUCAUAGAGAAGAAAGGGGGCGUAGAAGCUGUCAAAAAUGAGCUACGGAGACAAGCUCCUCCACCUCCUCCAUCCAGAGGUGGCCCUCCUCCCCCACCCCCACACCACGGCUCGGCCCCCCCUCCCCCUCCUCCUGCCAGGGGGCGAGGUGCCCCACCACCUCCUCCUCCCUCCAGAGCUCCCGUCUCUGCACCCCCUCCUCCCCCUCCAUCCCGACCUGGCAUGGCCGCUCCCCCACCUCCCCCGCCCAGCCGAGGCUCUCUCCCUCCUCCUCCUCCACCAGCCCACGCCUCAAUACCUGUGGUGCCUCCCCCACCACCUCCUCCUCCCUCAUCCUCAAUUCCAUCCAGUGCCGGAGGACCACCUCCUCCCCCUCCACCUCCCCCACCUCCUGGCCCUCCACCCCCUGCUCCUCCGCUGCCGGAGGCUAAUGGAGGGGACAGCGGCAUGCCCGGUAAGUCGGCCCUGCUGAGUCAGAUCAGAGAAGGCACCCAGCUGAAGAAGGUGGAGCAGAGAGAGCGGCCGGUGUCCAGCACCGGCAGAGACGCACUUCUGGACCAAAUCCGACAAGGAAUCCAGCUCAAACCGAGAGAUGAUAAUCCGGAUUCAGCUCCUUCCACCCCGGCCCCCUCGGCAGGCAUCGUGGGGGCCCUGAUGGAGGUGAUGCAGAAACGGAGCAAGGCGAUUCACUCUUCAGAUGAGGACGAUGACGAUGAGGAUGAGGAGGACUUUGAGGAUGAUGAUGAAUGGGAGGACUAGCGAUAUUUUUGUUUCUUUUUUUUUUCUCCCCUCCCCACCCGUGGAUGAUUAUGACACUAAAAUAGUUCUUGUCUUUCUUAAAAGAAAUCUUUAAUUUCAAAGUUCUAAAUGUAAAUGUUCUAUCAAUUUGCUGUAUAUUUUUGUUGCCUUUAUGCUUUUUUAUUAAUCUGUGCAAUACCUCAUUUAAUCUGUAAAUGUCUGUCAUUCUCAUAUCUUAGGUUUCUUUAUCUCUGUCAUGUCUGUCUCUGUUCUGCCGGCUCCAUCUCUCUCGUCUCUUGAUAGCAAACAUGUCACAUUUUAACUACGUUCGGAUUUUUUUCGUCUCUCUGCAUCUCUUUCUUCUCCUCCCACGUCCCCCGACUCUUUGAUGUUCAUCACCUCCAUCUGUCUCUCAGCCAUCCUUCAUGUCUGCUGCCUCCCUUCACACCUGUUCCCUCCUUGUCACUCUCCCAUGUUCCCCAGAUUAACACGUGCAAUUUUUCAUCAAGUCGUUUCUUAGAGUUGAAUGUUUAUUUUUCUUCUUUUGGUCAGUGAUUGAAGGGUUAGUCGCCACGGAUCCUUCAUUAAUCGUGUCUUCAUUGUUCGUCACGAGGAAAAAAAAACUAUUUUCAUACCCUAUUGCUCUCUAGUUUAUUUUUACUUAUUCAAAUGAUCCUAGUUUAGCACUCAUAUUUUCUUAAAAACAAAAACGAAAAAAAGGAAAAUGCUCUUUUUGGAAUAUUUAGCUUCAUUUGCUGUCGACUGUAAAUUUGCUCCAGAGUUUUGAGUCUUGUUAUAUUUUUGCACAGAUUGAAAGAGGAGACUCGCUGCAUGAAUACAGGACAUUUUCAGGUCUGUAUCAUUACGAAAUACAUAUGCUUUAAGUAAUGAGGCACUUGGACAUUAAGCAUUUUUAACCGUUAACCCACCACACUACAUACAGGACACGCAUGGAGGUAGCCCACAGUGUUAUUACUGGCUAUCUGCUGUGAAUUGUCUUUUCUUUUUUUGCCACUGUCACUACAGAUUCAGUUGAAAUUAUGCUUAUUUUCUUUUUAUCAUUUUCUUCUUUUUUUUUUACAAUAGCAAGCAGAGUAUUGUUUGUUGGAAUCAGGUCAUUCAUCAUGUAAAGCUUGAGGAAUAAAGACAUUUUAGUUUUACACACCUGAUGCUUAUAAUGGGUCCAUAUGCUAAGUUACUGUACAGAAACCGCGGGGCUAAAGCAGUGUUUUUUCCUGUUAUAGACACUAAGUGCUGACAAAGUAUAGGGAGAAACGCUAGAUUCAUGGCAUUAUUCAAAUAAGUAUCAAUAGUUUCUUGACUAACUAGUAAAUCAUGAGGUGUAAUAUAGGAAAUGCUUAUUAUUAAGAACUCAAACAGUGGUCAGUUAUUCCCUACAAAGACCAGAUAGUCAGAUGUCAAUAUGUAUUUCAACCAAACUAAAUGAUGUUUCCUGAUAAUUUUUGCUGUGGGAUCAUUUUAAGAUGGAUUUGCCACAAGGGACAAAACUUUUAAUGCAAAAAUCAAAUUUAAAAAUGAUUUUAAAAAGUCUUCUGCUUUUUGAUGAAGACAACUGCAAUGGCAUGACUUGUCCUGGUGUGGUUAACCCAUCCAAUCUUGCUCAAACUUAGCAGAGUUGGAGAAAUUUAACCUAUUUAUGACUGUGAUUUUAGCAGUUCAUUACUUUGUGGCCUAAUGUGGCGACACUGUACUCAUGCAGUGCUCGCUAUUCAACCAGAGCAAAUGUGUGAAAAAAGACUAUAACUUACUAAACAGCAGCUACUGCAGCCACAAGUAACGGAAAUUUAGAAAAAGGCUAAAACCUGAUGAUCAUGGUAGCACAAAUGGAGAAAAACUGUCAGUCAUAAAGCAAAAGAGAGCCCUCCCCCUUCGGUUGUCCAUUAUUACUUCAGAAAUAUGUGUACAAUUUUAAAAAAUAAUAAUAAAAACUUGACCCUGUCUCACCAGGAAUUACACAUAAUGUUGCAAGUUAAGAGUUUAGUUUGGUUUUAUUGAGUAGUACCAUAUAGCUUUAUUACAAACUGUUCACUGAAUUACAUCUAUAGGCUCGUAGAUAACGCACGCCAAACAAGUAAUGUUAGCUACAUUCAUUGUUUGCUAGCUAGCUAGAUAGACCUUAUUUUAGCUGAUGUGUUUUAUCUAGUUAUUUUUCUUUUUAUAAGCUGGCGGGAAAAGAAAGAAUAAACCACCUUUUCUCGUGUGAGCACAUCCCAGACAUCACUUGCAUGACCUUUGGUUGUGUUAUCUUUCUAAUUAUGUAUUUUCACGUUCUUAUACAACAGUUUUAUGACAUACUGCAACUUUUUUGACAAGCAAAAUUAUCUUUUCAAUUGACAAAAAUAUGUGUAAUUCAUGGCAAAAAAAGACAGGAUCAAAAUUUUCUCUCCCUUCAGUCAUAGUAGACCAGUUAGCAUUUGUUAGCAUAAGCCAGCAUAUGCUAACUGGUCAUCCCAGACCACAAAAAGCUGUAGCAGCAAAACCCAUUUUAGAGUAUUGAAUUGCACGAGAGUGCAUUUUAUUGCUAAGAAAUUAAACCUUUUAUUCGUAAGAGGAAAAUGUUUUAAUUCUUCUUUCAAAGGUUUUAGUCUCACUUCAAAUUUUCUUGUUAAAUGGGCCGCUAACUGCCAACUCUUUUGUCCGUUAAGCGUCAAACAGAAAGCUUGGCCUUCCAGGGUUUCUCUUCGGCUGCACAUGCGAACGAGUAGCAUGCUAAUAUUACUAUCAUAUUGUGAGUCAUAGGAGAGCUAAUACAGAAACAUCUUUACCACAGUUUAAAAAACAUCCAGAAAAAAUAAGACAAUGAAAGGUCAAAAUGUGUUUUGUCUUUGUCCUCUUUAAAUUCAGUCUUUUAGAGAUAAAUUGCCACUUGUUUGAUGUAAGAACUGACCUCUUCUGUCGAAUAUCAAGAUACUUUUUGGGGGAAAACCUAGCCAUGUUUUUGCUGAUGUUAGCGUCUGUAGGUGACUCGGGUUAAUAGGAUGUUAUGGACGUCAAGCCUAAUCAAUGAGGUUUGACAAAUAAUGAACUCUUACAUUGUACACUCCAAUAAAAGGUUGAUAUUUA